AUGAAAAAAGACAACCAAUCCUGUUUGAACGAGAUUGUCCUUCUAGGCUUCUCAGAUUUUCUGUCCAUGCAAGAGCUUCUUUGCCUGGUUCUAAUGUUCUAUUUGAUGACUUUGAUGGGCAACGGCCAUUUGAUCCUCAUCAUUCUCAAUCCUAUCCUCCACACCCCAAUGUAUUUCUUCCUCUGGAACUUGUCCAUUUUGGAUGGCUACACUUCCACCAUCACCCCAAAUAUGCUAGUGAAUUUGUUAUCAGACAAUCAGACUAUAUCCUUUUGGGGCUGUGGGUGUCAAAUGUGUUUCUUCAUACUCUUUGGUCUCGCUGAAUGUUGUCUUCUUUGUGUCAUGUCUUACGACCGCUAUGUUGCCAUUUGCAAACCCUUGCACCCGUAUAUCAUGAAAUACAGGAAAUGUGCUAAGCUUGCUGCUCUGUCAUGGGCCAUUGGUGCUUUGAGCUUGGGACAAUCUAUUUCCAUUUUUACCCUUCCCUUCUGUGGAUCGAAUAGAAUCAGCCAUUUUCUCUGUGAUCUUAUGCCUGUCCUGAAGCUGGCUUCCACCAAUACCUACAAAAACGAAGUGGCCAUUGCCAUACUAACUGUGGUGUUUGUCCUGAUGCCCCUUUUGCUCAUCCUCUUUUCUUACAUCCUCAUCAUCUCCACUAUCAUGAUGCCAGGGGCCAAGAGCAGGCAGAAAGCAUUUUCCACCUGUUCCUCUCACCUCAUUGUUGUCUUCCUUUACUAUGGCACCAUCACUGCUGCCUACAUUCAUCCCAACUCAGUGUAUUCUAUGGACAGCAAGAGAUUCUUUGCACUGCUCUACACAGUAGUGACCCCAAGCUUGAACCCCAUCAUUUACAGCUUGAGGAAGAAAGAGAUAAAAACUGCUUUCAAGAUAUCUGCAGGAAGGGAUUGGGUCUUCUUUAGGUAA